UGAAUUUAUUAAUUGACAAUGAUGUAACAUGAAGUCUGAUAUAUGUAGAAAUGUUCAAAAAUACCAUUCAAAAUAAGCACAGUGAACCUAACCUACCUUGGUUACCGGUACCGAAUUUAUUAACUGAAGGCGAGGAAUUUUCUCUUUGUUUUCAGGAAACAGAAAAUCCCUCCAAACAAAUGACAUGGCAUAAAGUUUUCGUACAAAUUGAUUUGUGGGGAUUUUUCAUCUAUUGGAAUUCAAUAGAACAAAAAGUUGUUACCACAGUGGAUCUCAUGUAUAUUGAAGAUAUUGAAAUGUGUACAGAUAGUUAUGAUUUAUUUGAAUCAAUGGAAACUAGUUUCAUACGUCUUCAGGUUUCUUCAGAAGGGCUUUUCGAAUCUAGAACAAAUACAGCCUAUGGAAAAUUGCAUAAAGGAAUAUAUGACCACUCCAGUAUUGUAUUUUUAUUAGUCAAAGAUAAUCCUGAAACUUUAAAAUUAUGGAAAGAUAAUCUACUUAGACUAGUAUUUACUCAUUAUCCAACACGUAUUGAUUUGGCACCACUGGAAUUGUUAUGGAAACAAUGGACACAUCUAAUUAUUGUUUAUACGAAUUUGUCAACAUGGAGAAAAACAGAGCAGUUAAUCCAUGAUAGAAAGUCUACCAUACCAAAUUGUUGUAUUCUAGCAGCAUUUGGAUUAGAAGGAAAUUUAUUGCCAAGUCAUAGAAGUUAUCUGUCUGAAUGUUCACCAAUUAUUACAGAGAAUGCCAAUAUAGACUAUAGUAGUAGCGAUGCUAACAUUGAAGAAACUUUGCUAGACAAUUUCACAUUUGAUGUUUUCUUUAAUUUAUUCAUCCAUUCUUGGCCUCGAGAAGACAUAGCAGACUUAUUUUCUGCAUACACUAAAACUAAAGGAUUUAUGGACUGUCAAGAGUUGAAUUCAUUUUUGAACACAAGUAUUUCAUAUUUCACAAAUCCAAAUGUUUCUUUGGAAAAUCCAAAGAAUUUUAAGGCAGUUGAUAAGCAAAAAACAUUGAGACAUAUAAAAUAUCUACACAUUGAACGAACACAAAAUAACCAGACACCAGUAAAAAUGAAAUCAUUUCAGAAAUUUCAAUCACAAAAAUAUCAAAAUGAUUCAAAUUUAAAACGAUCAAAAAGUUGUUAUACAACUAAUCAAACUAAUUUAAAUCAGAGUCAAAUUGCGAAUACUCUCAAUUUAACUAGUGAAUCAUUAUCUUCUACAACAAGUCCAUUACAUCACGACAGAAAUAGAUUAAACGAUCACAAAUCUGUCUCUUCUCUUGUCAUUACUAAUUAUAAAGAAUUUAGUGAAAUUGUUAGACGAUAUGAAACUAAUCAAUAUGCAGUUAGUAAAUGUUUAUUGACAAACGAAGGGUUUUACCGGUUACUCUUAUCUUCCACAUAUCGUGAAUUAUGCAUAAGCCGCAAUCCAACUUUUGACACCUAUGAUCAACCAAUAGAAUCAAUGUCCACAAUUGCAGAACCAAGUAAAUUUAGUUUAGAUGCAUCACAACAUCCGCUCGCCCAUUAUUAUAUUAAAAGUGCUUAUUUAACCCAUAAAACCUGUAGAGAAGAUGAUAUUAAACAUACUGUUCAGUGUAACCAGGUGUCGCCCACAGAUACUACAAUACCCAAAGAACCAUGUUCUCUGAUAGGACAUGGUAUUAAAUCAAAUAAGAUUCUUAGAACUAUCCGUCAAGCGUUAUUUUUUGGAAUUAGGACCCUAAUUUUAGAUUGUCAUUAUUUUUCCGGAUUAGUUGGAGCCGAAACUAUUAUUUCUAAUGAACUUAUCAUUGUCCCCACAAAUCCAAAUAAAAUACCAACUUGUUUUACAGAACAAACCUCACAUGACUCAUUUGAUUUAAUGAGAUCCAUUUUGUACAAAAACUAUCCAUAUGCCUUAUUUAGGUCCGUCCUACAAGUAUUGAAUGAAAAUAUAUUCCUUAUUUCUGAUUAUCCAUUCAUUCUGAUCAUAAACUUGUAUGGGUUAGGUCAAGAGCAACAAUGCAGACUGGCAAAUUUGCUGCAAGAAUAUCUUGGACAGUGGAUAAUGGUAUCACCUUUACCGAAUUAUACCAAUAAUUUGAACAUUAAUAAUAAACUUGAAAAGGAAACUCAUUCUACUUAUUCAAAACCAAAUUACUCACGUCACUUACCGUCACCAGAAAUGUUAAAAAAUAAAAUACUUUUGAGUAUUCGCUUAGUCAGAACAACCAGAUCAUUAUCCGAAGAUCAAUCACAAGAGUUAGUGACAGACAAACCACAGAGUCACUUUACUCAAACAACGCUUUUGAAAAAGUCAGAAGUUGCUUCACCAUUAACUGUAUUUAUUACAAAUCCUGAAGGUGAACAAAAAAGUGCAAGUCAAGAUAUAGCGUCUACCAACAGUAGUAGUCAACUCAGUCCACCAGUUAAGCACAGGUUGAGCUUGAACAAAAUACUUGACAAAUCGGUAACAUCAGAGGACCAUAAUUCGAAUGGUUGGCUUCCAAAAUGUUACGGGAUGUAUACAAAUAAAAUAAUCGAUCGAGAUGCCGCAUUUUCUAGCCAAGAUGAGGUAAGCUAUUUACAUCCACGUCUGGCCAGACUUGUAGUAUUGCCGACGCCAGAUUUUCCUCCUGAUACUUGUAUAGCAUUACACCAUCAGUAUUUGCUUCGGAACUCCAAGUCCAAUCUGGUGGAUUUCGAUGUUAGGCACAUAGAAUCUAAUAUUUUACGAAGGCUACAGAUUAGAAGAAAAUCCGAAGGACCAAUACAUGAUUCAAAAAGUUUCAAAAACAUGAGUUCUGUUAAUUUUGACAAAAAUGAUGGACAGCCAAACAGAAAAUUGGAAGAAUGUGAACUUCUUACUUCUCUGUUUAACUUGAUAACUACUCGGAAGGCCCAGCUAAAACACAGAGAUAGGAAAAGAAGAUUACUUAAACGUUUAAUCACCGAGGUCUGUGGAAAUAUGACUAGCCAGAAAAGAUCAACAUCAGGUGUAAAUAAUACCCCAUCUUCAAACAGAAAAUAUACAUGGUCAAAUGCUUCAGAGGCUCAACCAACAAAACUGGAUCAUCGAACAGAUAAAAUUACAACAAAGCAAGACAAAGGAUGGUUUAAAAAUCGAAUAUGUGCUUCACCAAAAAAACCAGAAGAAUUGAAUAUCAGUUCAAAAGACACUCUAUUGGCUGCAACAGUAAGAUAUGCUCGUCGUUUAUCAAAUGCAUCUGUAUCAAAAUUCAAUCUAUCAGUUAACUCUUCACCGCGAAAUUCUGAAUGUCGUGAUGUAUCUACGGACUCUCUAAACAACCAGAAACACCCGCAACAUUUGAAUAAUCAAUUGGAUGCUGACGGAAACAAAAGAUCUGCAAGCAUUUAUGAAGAAAAAGAAAAAAAUUAUAAUGAUUUCAUUACAAAAACUUCAUCUUUACCUAUGAAAAAAGAAUUGAAGCAGAAUAAUAGCAACAGUGAUCGUAAAUCAUCCAAGCCUCAAAAUCCUAAACAAACAAAAGAUUUAAAUAGUCAUACCUCAAAAAGACAAUCACGUAAAUCUACAGAAAGUGGACAUAAACGGAGUCCUACUUCCAGUUGUGGUCAUUGUUCAUGCAGUAGUGGCAGUCGUAGUGACAAAGGCUCACCUACACACGAAGCUCCUCAACACCAAACUGGACAAACGAAGUUGAGUUACUUCCGUGAUGGUAUACAAAAGUUGAGAAAUAAAUUUUCAAGCGAAAAAGAAAAAUCGUUUGAAAAUUAUGUACCGCGCUUUCAUUCAAAUAGCAUUAGUAAAUUAAGAAAUUCAUGGAGUGAAAGUGAAGCAAGUAGCAAAUCAACUGAUUCACUGUCCAAUAACAGCAUUUCAAUAGAUUCAUCACCAACUGUAGAAACUUCAUUAUCAUCAGAUACAGAAUCUUAUCGAAGUAAAAGUAGCACCGAUAACAGCAUCACCAGUAAUUCAUCGGAAAACAUGGUGAAUAAAUCGAAAAGUAUGGAAUCACCGAUAACAACCAAUGUCAAGAAAAGUUUUCAAACACGUCUAUCAAGUGUUCGUCAUUCAAUUACAUCACUAACCAAUGCCUUAUUCCAUCAAGAUAAAAAUACUGGUCGCAAUAUUUUACAAAAACAAUCAACUAUCGAAAGUCAAGAAAGUGAUUUAGAGUCUACAAAAGAUUAUUGGAUAGAUUCAUUAAGAUGGUUUAUUGGAUCAAGAAUUACUAAUAUUUCAUCGGAUGAUUUAAUUUAUUUACUAUCUAGAAAGCAGAUGACAAAAUCACUAGCAAGAUACAAUAAAGAACGUUUAACCUGUGUUUUCUUGUCGGAUCAGGAAAAGUCAUGGGAUGUUCAUCAACUUUUCCGUUCUGUUGGGUGUCAACUAAUCCCAUAUGGACUGGAUAUCUCAGUAGCCACAUUUGACUUGGAGAAACCAAUUAGCGUUCGCCAACAAUUUAUGAAACUUAAUCAAAUGGACGAAUUACGAAACAGUUUUGCCAUGUCUGAAAAUGGGUAUAUUCUAAAACCUGCCUUACUGAGAAUACCGACUAUAAAUCGUUAUCACCGUAAACUAAUUACCAGACGUAAAUAUCAGAAACUAUUUCUAAAAUCUCAUCCCAAUUCAAAUAGUAUGAAAAAUCAACUUAGCAAUUAUUUACGAUGUGCUUGCUGUUAUGAUCCAUUGGAUAUAAGUUCAGAAUGUGAAUUAAUUGGUAAAAUUUAUGAUGGAAUAACAAAUCUGAACUGGUCAAUAACUUCAAGCCACGAAGCUAACUUUUACCUACCAUGGAAUUAUACUUUACAGUUGGUCAACUUUAUGAAAAUUCACAGUUCGUAUCCUGAAAGUUCACUGUUAAACAAUCAAGAAAACGUGGGAACUCAGUCUUAUCAAUAUAAUUCCGUGAAACCAAAUAAAUUACCUAAACGGUACCGACGUGCAGCUAAUGCAACAAACACAACGCCAAAACGUCAAAGACAUGCAAGUGCCAGUAGAACAGCAAUAGUAUGUAAUGCUGCAAAUUUCAAAAAUCUUCAAUCAACUCCUACAAAAGCUAAUUCUUGGAGUUCGACUCAAAUUAGACACCAAAGUCAAGAAAAUAUGAAUUUGACAAAUAAGAAUAUUGAUUUUCACGAACGAAGUCGACUAAGUUCAUUAAAAAGACACUCUGAGAACAUAAUAAUCGAAGCUGAAAUCAAAGCGCCACUUUUCAAAUUUUCACAUCUUACUACAAACAUAUCAAAACGCUUUUGCCAAGUUCCAGAAGAUCACAAUAUAGUACGCUAUCGUCUUUACUCAAACAAUUCAUUAUUUCCUACAGAUGAUGUAACUGCAAAUAACCACUAUACACUAAGAAAAUCUAAAACACUAUCAAGAUCUUCUUACGCACUCUCAUCAAUGUUAAAUGACAAAGAGAGGAUUCCCAUGUUCUCAAGCUUCAAUUCAAUGCCAAAAAUUAGUUCUGAACUUAUGCUAGAUUGGCUAUCUACACGUAAAGUUACAUUUUCCCGUAUACAUUUGCCUGAAUCAAUAUGUAUUAGAAUAAAUACGGGGAGUCACAGAAAAAAGUGUGAUAAUAUUAAAUCAUGCGGGAACGUGGAGAACGUUAUUGCGUCGUGCAUAAUAAAUUCAAAUAGUCCACUAAAUAAAGCAUUAACAGGUUUUCAACAUUUUCAACUUAAAUUAGUCGAUCAGUCUAAGACAAAAAUAAUUCCCCGAGAGGGGAAGGAUGACGUUACAGAAUUUGACCACAGUGUCUUUCACCAACACUUGAAAGCUACCAUAGGUUUGCUGAUAUUUUGCAAGAUAAAUAUGGAUACUUACGUACCCCAUUCAUUGGGUGAUUUGAUUGAAACACUAACCAAAAAAUAUGAUACUCGUUUGAGAAGUAUACCUUCUAACCAACAAACAAAUGAUAAACAGUAUAAUGCUAACCGUUCAAAAAGUUAUCUGUAUUUAGAUCGACACCAAAGUAUUAAGGAAAUAUCUACGUUAAAACAGUCAAUAAUCCGUUCCAAUUCUUUUACCUAUAAGGAAUAUGGUAAACAUUUACAACAAGAUGCUAUUUGA